AUGCCCACAACAAAAAAUAGCAUGGAAAUGGAGAAUCACGUCUUCCAAAAAGCUAAGACUAAGGAAGAAUACUUGGGUUUUGUUGCCAGAUUAAUUCUUCAUGUCAGAGAAAUGAAUUCCAAAAAGGGUGCGGCUGGUAAUGCACCAGGUACUGCUGGUACUAAUAAUCAAGGCAUGCCUGAUCCAAUUGGUGCUCUUCAGACGUUGGCACGCCAGGGCACGGGAAAUAAUCAAAUGAUGGGCAUGGGAGGUCCAGGUCCUAAUCAUCAGGGUAUAAUCCCGCAACCACCUGCGAAUACUGCAACUAAUCUUUUGCAAAGUUUAAAUCAACGGCCCGGACAACCAAUGAAUAUGCCUGGUAUGCAGAACAAAAUGCCAGGUAUGGGUAUGAUGCCGUCACAAACUGGCGGUCCAAUGAAUCACAUGGGCCCGAUCCAAACUAUGCAAAACAAUCCUAUGUUGACUCAGAUGAAUCAGAUGGGACAAGGAAAUAUUCCUCCACAAAUGAAUCAAAUGGUGCCUGGGCAAAUGGGUCAAUUAAGCGCUGGACAGAUGCAACAAAAUAUGCAGUCCCAGAUGCAGAAUCAAUUACCAACUCAAAUGAAUAAUCAAAUUACGGGACCAAUAGGCAAUAUACAGACUAAUAUGCCGCAACAGAUGAAUCAAAUUGGUCCUGGCCAAUUAGGUCCUGGUCAAAUGCAGCAGCAAUUAAAUCAUAUUCAAAGAAAGCCAGGUGAAAUGAUGAAUACUGGAUUUCCUGGCCCACGUAACGUUACGCCUAAUCAAUUCUUGAGGCAGAGCCCGUCUCCUUCAGCUCCGAGCCCAGCUGGUUUGGGAGCUCCGUCGAGUAAUCAAAUGGUUGCCUCGCCCGCUCUAGUGCCAUCACCAAGUCCUCAACAUGCCAUCAUGACAGGACCAUCUCGUUCUGUGAAUUCCGUAGGUAUGGCACCGUCUCCAAGCAGUUCACUAAAUACUCCCGGGGGUGUAGGAGCCACACCAAGUCCUCAGCAAGAAGAUCAGGCUUACAGAGACAAAGUCAGACAGCUGAGCAAAUACAUAGAGCCAUUACGAAGAAUGAUUGCCAAGAUGAGCAGCGAAGGAAAUGUCGAUAAACUCAGUAAGAUGAAGAAGCUCUUAGAAAUUCUAUCGAAUCCCAGUAAACGUAUGCCACUGGAUACAUUGCUAAAAUGCGAAGUUGUCUUGGAAAAGUUAGACUUCAAGAGAGGGGACGGUAGUGUGGGACCGCCAGUAACGACAUUGAAGGAGCACCAAAUUUUCAGUCCACUGUUAGAAGCUGUGAGCACACACCUCCAAAGCCCGGUAAUCAAUCACACGUUACAACGUACUUUUGGACCAUGUUUGGAUGCCUUAUUUGGACCAGAAAUAAAAAAUUUGCCGCCACCCUUGAAGAAGCAAAAAGUAGAAGAAUCACCUAGCGAAAUACCUGACGUAUUACAAGGAGAAAUAGCUAGACUCGACCAACGGUUUAAAGUCAGUCUAGACCCAGCACAGCAAAGUGGAUCGAAAUGUAUACAAUUGAUAUGUUGGCUUGAUGACCGUCAUCUUCCAUGCGUUCCACCGAUCUCGGUUACAGUUCCCGCAGAUUAUCCUUCAACGCCGCCUCGCUGCGUCAUGGCACCGCACGAAUACGAGGCAACGACAUUCCUGUGUGCUGUACAAAAAGCCCUGAACGUCCGUAUCGCAAAACUGCCGCGCCGUUUCUCUCUUUCCCAACUAUUAGACACGUGGGAGAUGAGUGUUCGACAAGCCAGCGCACCAAAGGAAACGUCUAUUACUGCUAGUACAGUCCUGAUGGGUUUAUAGUACAAAUCGCACGAAUAUCUGAUAAUAUCUAUACAACUAGGCUAUUGUAAGCAAAUAUCCAUAAACUCUACGAAAAUCUAUAACUAUUGCAAUGAAAUAAGCAUAAACUCUUCGAAAAACAUUGUAUUUUUCUUUUAUUAAUAUCAGCAAUUAACUAUAGAUCUAAUUCUGAUAGUUGUUUCAAAAAAGUAUUUUCGUAUCCAUUAAGUGUUCCGGAAAAAUUUUUUUUUACAAUUAAUUAAAAUUUAACAAACUAAACGGCGAGAUAUUUAAAUCGCUAUGAUUUUCUUGGGUGUAUAGAGUAAAUCUAUGAAAUUUUUUUUUUACAUAGGUACAUAUAUUCUUUCUAAGUUCAUAUGACUGUGCUACUUAAUUAUAUAAAGCAAAGUGGAAGUUUUUUUUUCAAAUAUCUAUUUAUAUAUACAUAUGUGUAAAUAUAAAUGUAUAGUGCAAAUAUAUGUCAUAGUGAAAUUAUGUAAUUCACUGAUUUUACACAGGUAAAUUUCUAUAAAAUUGCAGACUAUAUUAGUAAAUACGUAAAAAAUCGUCUUUUUAUA